AUGGCUAGCGCUGAAGAGUAUAAGAUCCGGGCACUUAUUGAAACUAUUUAACUCCCCCCCCCCCCUCCGUGAGCGAACAAAAACCAUUAGAAAAAUCGCCAUUUUUUGACCAAAAACCCACCCUCCGUGAGUGAACAAGAAUUUUUUUAAUAGAAAAAAUUUUAAUGGAAAAAAAUUUGGAUAUAUAAGUGAUAAUUAGUAUAAUGAAAUCUAGAGCUAAUUCUGUUUAAUUUUAAACAAAUUGCGUUUUAAAACAUAAAUUUUGCAAAUUAAAUUAAUAUUUGCUUCCCAAUUUUUGCAAAUUAGGAUUUUUUUAAAUUUCGAAAAAAAUAUUUUUUAUAAAAUUUAUAUAUAAAUUUUUUUUUAAAAAAAAAAUUUAACCCCCUCCGUGAGCGAACAAAAUUUUUUUGUUCGCUCACGGAGGGGGGGGGGGAGUAAGUACUUUUGAAAUAACAGGGAAAGCGACCAAACAUAUCCAGAUCAAGCAAGAGCCACUUUUGAUGAAGCAGAUUUACUUUUAAGGUCAAAUACAAGAAUAAUCCCUCAAAAAUUUUCUUUACAGCUCAUUGUUUUGUUCAGCGAAGUUGGAAUGCUGAUAGAAAACCGCAAUGAGGUGGUCGAAAGGUAUUUAAAUAUCUAUUUUCAAUAUUCAGGAAUGCAGGACCAAUUUUAUGUCCGAGCGUUACUUGCAUUUGCAGAAAUUCAAAGCUUCAAAAUCCAAACUCAGUCUCUAAAAGGACAGGACGCAAUUGAUCAAGCGAAGCUUGCGUUUUCUUUUGUCUUAAAAGCUAUUGAAAUAGUGAUAAGGCCAGAAAACAAGCCAAAAUACCAAUUUUUAGUUUACAAUAUUUCUGUGUCAGCUUGAAAAAUCCUCAGACCUAUGCUGCUGGCUGGGAUUUCAAAGAGCUUUAUUGACGCUUUUGAAAAAAUCAGUUCACUAUUAGAAGAAAUAGACGAUCAAGAUACAGCCUGGAGGAUCAGAUUUAUGCAGGCCUUAGCUAACUGCUAUUUAGAUGCAGAAAGAAAGCCAGACGCUUCAAAAAUGCUUGACAAAAUCUGGGAUAUCACCAAAAGAAAAGGCCCAGUCAGUUUCCAAGAAGUCUUGUGGAGGAUGAAGGUCCACGUGAACAAAGAAAACUCCGGAACUGUAGGCUCGCUUAAAAAAGAAGCAGAAUCCAACAAAAGUGACUUAAAAUUCUUUGUAGGGCUCCAACAAAUCAGGUCAGGAGGACUUCCAGAUAACCAAGUAGAAAAAGAACUGACAGCAGUGCUACAAAAUAAGCCUGGGAGUGAAGCAUUGGCUGAGUUAUCCAGAGCUGCCCUACAAUAUAACUUGAUUAAUAUGGCUAAACAGUGCUUAGACCAAUUACAAAAUGUAAGGCAGCCUAGCUUAAGAGCGAGGAUUUGAAUUGAGUAUUCUCAAGCUGAGCUGCUGGUUAAGGAUAAUUCUGAACAGAUUGAUAAAGCAACAGGCACCAAAAUUUCGUUAGCCAAGCUAAAACAGCAGGAAUUAGAUAAAAGGAUAGAAGCACUGAAAAUUGUAGACAGAGCCAUGAUCGCUAAUAAGAGGCUAAAUGACCCUGGAGUUACGACAGAAGGAUGUGUAUUAAUAUGGAAUAUAGGAAAACCUUUGCUAAUUGGUAGCGGAAGAGCUCAUGUUUAUAAACCAUUUCAGACAGCUGUAGGGUAUUUAGAAGCGAUGCAGUCUCCUCUGCAUGAGCUAAGAAUUAAUCUGCAUAUGGAACUUGCUAAAUAUGAGCUUCAAGAAGAUUUCAUUGCUAAAGCAGAAGGCCAAAUCAUUAAGGCUUACUCUUUAGAUGCCACAAAUUUCAAACUUAAUGCCCCUACUACUGAGUUUGAAGACCAGAAGUCUAUGCAAAGGCCUUAUGAACGAGCUUUAUACCCUCUCAAGAAAAAAUUAGAACUUAAAAGGGAUAUAUAUAAAGACCCUGAACGACUUUUUGAACAAGCCUGACUUGACCUUGAAAAUGCCAAAAACCUUGACAGUAAAGGAGCUAAAGAAAACUUAUUAAGAAGAGCUGUUCAAAAUUUGCUGACAGAUGAACAGGUAGAAAUUGUAAUGGAGCCUAACCUUGUAGAAGAAGAAAAAAACGAAAAGUUGAGACUGAAAAGAUAUAGCUCAUGAUCCUUUAUAGAUCGCUAUCAUCGAAAAAAUAGUCGUUUAAUGGACUUCAUAUCUCGCAUAUUUUAGACCAGACCCUUUACUCUUUAGAGAAAUAUUCAGAUAUAAAUAAAAAAUUUGCCUGUUUUAAACUAGUUCGAUUUAGUUUUAUAUAAUUUUUUUUUUAAAUAAUUUGAAAAUAUUUUUAAUAAUGACAUGGAGGUUCUGCAAAUAAAGCCGAGAAAAUUUUUACGGUUAUAAUGGUUCUUCUCUUUUCCCUUUUAAAAAGUGGGAUUUCUCUGCAAAAUGGCAUAGCCCAUUUUUUAGGAAUUAAAAAGUGACGUACCAAAAAAAUUUUAGCAAGUAAACAACCAAACUUGAAAAUUAAUUAAUUAAGAUAUUCUUGGACAUUUAUUACUUGUAAUGCUUAAGAUUUCAGCUUUUUUAGCAUAUGCACUAUUAUUCGAUUUCACAAUAGCAUUGAUUGACUGAGACAUUUUUACUUAUAAAUAGAUUAUGAGUAUUAAUGAAACAAAAUAUAUUGUCUUAAAAAAAAAACUUUUGUAAUGAUUAUGCAAGCUGAAUUUAACAUCAUUACUUGAUUGGGCCCUAAAUUCUAUAUAAAAUAGGGAAAAGUAGGUAAGAUAAUCAUCAGUGUCAGUCUAUAAGGGUAUCUAAAAAUUAAUUUUAUAAUAAAGAUAUUUUUAAGUUUGGCUUUUUACUUGUCAAAAUGAUUUACACUUGUUAAGCAUUUUUGACUAGCCACUUUUAGUUCACCAAAUUUGAGCCAAUACCAUUUUGCUUAAAAUCUUCCGCUUUUCGCAUAAGGUGAGAAAAAGAUGCUUUAAUUACAAGAUAUACAUUGGCUUUAUUAUGCCGAGUUUCAUGCUAAUUGUCAGAAAUAUUCUCAUAAUUAUUUAAAAAAACUUAAAUAAAACAGUUUAAAAACGAGUGAUUUUGUAUUUAUAGCCUGAAUAUUUUUCAAAAUAGUGAGGGGUCUGGUUUAAGAUGUGCAAUAUAUGAAGUCCAUUAUAAUGGCUAUAUUUCUAUGAUGACGAUCUAUAAAGGUUCAUGAGCUAUAUCAGGACUAUAAGGACUUGAAAUUAAGAUACCUUAUCUCUGGAGAAGUCGCACAGUUGGCGUUGAAAGAAAAAUUUUAUGAAAUUGCGUGGCAGGCAAGUGAUUUUGUAGUUUCGAGAGAGUGGGAUGUUAAUAAAGAGGCAGACCUUAUAGCAACUCAGGCCAGCUGCCAUUUCGUGCUAGCACAAUGCAAGUCGUGAAGAAUUCAAGAGUUAGGGUUCGAGCCAGGAUUUGCCCAGUCAAUACCUGUAGGCUCUUUACCAUCAGAAUCUUUAGCAACAAACAAUCAACCAGAAGAAGCAGUUGAGCUAAAGCGGCAAAUAGUGAUGCAUACUAGGAAUGGAGUAAGGCUAGGCAUUGCAAUUUCUCAGUCCUGAAUCUGCUUUAACGGCGCAGUCUAUUUCUACAACAUUUAUAUCCCUGUUUUCAGGUUUUCUUCAUUUGAAAAGCAUAUUUUUAAUGAAGCUUUAGACUGUCUUCGCUAUCUUUUCGAAACCCUUGCUUCUCAAUUAGAAAAGCAGGCCCUUGUAAAUGUCCCUGGGGUGUUAGUCCCUUUCAAUAAAACAGUCGAUUUUAAUUACCAAAGCAAGGAAAUAAGAAAUUUUUUUAAUAAAAAAAAAAUCAAAAUAUCAUUUUUAAUUAAAAAAUAAAUAAUCACCAAUGCAAGCUUCGUAUUAUAUCAGAGGUCGCUAUAUCUCUUAUAAAGCUGUUAAUCCACAAUAACCUUCAUGAUGAAUCUAUUAAAGAUUGUGAUACUUUAUUGACUAAACCUAUAGGCCCACACUAUAGAAAAGAGCUGGAAAAGCUAAAAGGGACAUCAUUAGCUUCUAAAGGGAUUUCUCAACCAAAAGCUCCUGCAAAAGGCCAAGUAGCAGCUGAAUCUCCUACUGCAGAAGUUUUGUCACUUAUGGAGAGCGCGAGAGCUAUGAAAAGAGAGCCAGGGAAAAAAAGCCUUUGUAUAGAAGCAUUAAAAAAAGCGAAUACUGUUUUAACAGGAUGGGUGCCGUCAGAAAAUGAUGAAAACGAGCUUGUAGUCCAUUGCGAAAUCUGGGCAAGGCUAGGCAGACAGAGCUUUGAAUUGAAUGACAUUAAUAAGCUUGCCUUGCUAUGUGCACAAAGGUCGCUUAAUUUUAAAGAAAAAGGAACCCCUUGCAAGAAACGACUUUGCUGGUACUCGGUAUCUGAAUUUCUAUAUGGAGAAAUCCUCAUAAAAUUGAUAGACGAAAAAAAGCAAGAAAAAGAGUCACAAAUGGCUUUAAUUACUUCAGCACUUACCCAUUUUGUAGAGUCUGCAAGGAUUGGGCUCCAAACUGGCAUAAAUAAGCUGGUUUUAGAUGCAGGAAGAGCUUGCUUCAAUACUUCUCUACUUAUCCCUGGAAAUGAGAAAAAGUUGAUCUGUAAAUACACAGGUGAUUAUGGAAAUGAAGCACUUAUACAGCCUCUAUCCAAAAUGGCUGAAUUUUUAGUAGACCUAAAUGACAGCUCUGACCCUGAUUUUUUGCUGCUGUUUUAUCAAAGUUUAAUAGAAGCUUUAACAAAGGCUGAACAAUGAAAUCAAGGAGAAAGAAUUGUAGAAGAUGCCUUCCAAAUCACCCCAACGUCCCAUCAAAAGUGGCUUUGGGAAGCCCAAAUGCUGUUUUUAUCAAAGCAAGGCAAAAACGUCAUGAAUUAUCUGCUGAGGAUGAAAGAAAGCGAGCCACUUAUGCAGGCUAAAAUUUGGGUAAAGCUAGCCAGGUCGUCAAUACAGCCAAAUGAUAUAGACAAUGCCUACAAAAAAGCUGCAGAUUUGCUUAAAGGCCACGUAGAAAGCUCUGAAAUCUUAAUAGAAUGAUCAACUUGGCUCCACAGCCGUGGGUUUGACGUAAAUGAUAAGCUUACAAAUGCAGCUGACAUAUUGUUGGAAAUCGAAAAAGAAACUUUUGAAGACAACGCAAGCUUAAGCAGCUACAGUAGCUCACGGCUAAGCUCAAAAAUGAGCGGAAAAAGCUUAAAAUCCCAAUCAAAUCUGCAUCAGAAGACCUCUAGAUCUAAGCUUACUUCUCAUGAUGAGGUUGAAGGAAACCCUGAUAAAUUGAAUAUCACACAUUAUGAGAGGCUCGUUAGGAUUUAUAUGAUGCUUGCUGAGCUCGCGCAGAACUCGCAUAGGAGAAAGCAUUAUUUAUUACAAUCUUUUACGUGGAUUAAAAGGAUUUUGGAAAGUGUUACUGGGCCAAUGUCGAGGAAUAAGCAAGAAUGGCUGAGCUAUGAAAUUCCUGAAGAAACGUUGCAGGAGCUUGCUAAGGAAGAAACGAGGGACAAGUUCUGCAGCUUUGCGUUCGAUAAACCAAAUCUGACGCAUUAUUUUUUAAGAUUGAUGGCUUAUUGACUAGAAGAAAUUUAUUUGUAUCAUCAUGAGUGUGUGGUGAUUUUGACUUUUAUGAGGAUCUAUUUUAUAAGGGAUAAUUAAUAUUAUAGCAUGGCUUUACAUGCAUAUUAUUUAAUAAAAUAAAAAAUAACUGAAAUUAAUGGAAUCCUGCUAUUUAUUAUUGAUUUUAUAUUCAAAAAUUGUACUUAAAAGCCCAAUCAGUGAAGAUAUUUAUAAAUCAUGGAGAAACCGCGUUUAUCGAAAGCUUGGAAUUGAUAAAGAAAAAAUCAGCUUUAGUUAUGACAAAUUGAACGACACAGAAAGGGAUAAUCUUGGUGAAGAGAUGUAUAAAAGAGAAGAAUGGCUAGAAGCAGAGUCUGUUUUAAAGCCUAGCCAAUCAACAAAAGCAGUUGCAUUGCUAGCUAACAUUGCUUUUAUCCAAGGCAAAGCCAAAGAAGCUAUGAAACUGCACCAAAAAGCAUUAAAAUCCAAAACAGUCGAAAGUUUGAGCACAAUUUCAGAAAUCGCUACCCACCUCAUUUCUCUCACUCCCCCCCCUUUUAAAUUGGAACAAAAUAUCGGUAAAGUUUCCACUUUUUUGGUAAAUUAACCCCCCUUUAAAUUGGAACAAAAUUUAAUUUUUAUAAUAAAAAAUUAUAUAUAAUUUUUAUCUAAAAAGUUUUGAUAUAAGUUAAAUGUUUCUUCUUAACUAAAAUUAAAAAUUUAGUUAUAUCUUGCUCUUUUUUAAAGAACAAAGUAUAAAGAGCAUCUUAUUUAAAUAAAUUUAUUAUCCUUAAUUGCUAAAUUUUAAAAAAAAAAUUUAAAUUUUUGUUUUUUUUUAAAAAUUUUUAAAAAAAAUUUUUUUUUUUUUUGUUGAUAAAAAUGAUAUUUUUUAUUUGGAUAGUUUUGAUAUAAAUUCAAUAGGAAUUCUUUAUAAAAUUUCAAAAUUUACUUAUUUCUUGCUUUAUUUUAAAGAAUAGAGUAUAAAUAACAUCUUAUUUAAACAAAAUUAGCACUUUGAUCGAUAAAUUUUCUAAAAUUUUUUUUUUUUAAUUUUUUUUAUCAAUAAAAAUAAUAAUUUUUGUGUAAAUAAUUUUGAUACCAAUUAAUAUUGGCGUAUUAGCUAAUAAUGAAAAUUUAGUUAUAUCUUGCUUUAUUUUAAAGGAUAAAUAGUAAAUAGCGUUUUAUUAAACAAAUUUAUUGAUCUAAUUCGAUAUGUUUUUGAAUUUUUUUUUUUUAUAAAAAAUUUUAUAUUGAUAUUUUGUUUUUAAAAAAAAACAUUAAUCCCCUUUAAAUUGGAACAAAAUUUUUAGUUCCAAUUUAAAGGGGGGGGGGGAGUCAAUAAAAUUCACGACGCCCAAAACAUGCUUAUUUCCUCUUUAGAAUCCAUUCAGCCCAUCACAGGCAAUUCUCUUACUUUUAUAUGGAUAAAAAUUUCUAUCCACAUAAAGCUCGCCCAUCUUUCUUUAAUACAAGCUAAAAACCCUGCUAUUACUAAAGAAGAAAAAGAAAGACUCAGAGAAACCUUCACAAGCUCCAUUGAGCAGUUCCUUUACCACGCCAAAAUGCAUGGUGUCACAGCUCAGCAUUUAUAUGCAUACCUAGAAGUCUAUGAUUCUCAAGUUUAUUAUGUAGCAGGCAAACUUUUAAGUGACUUAACUAAAGACAGACUGACAAAAAGGACUGCUAAACUGUUAGAUUUGAGGAGAAUUUUAGGGUCCUGCAGCUCCACGUGUGGAGAUCUGUUUGAUUUGGAUAGUGAAGUUAGAGGCGAAGCCAAAGGGCUUUAUGGGAUUAUUGAUUUGAGGCUGGGAGAGCUGGGAUUGAUGGAAGAACAUUUGAGGAGAGAGCUAACAGGCAGGUGUGUUUAUGAAAAUAUUGUGAGCAAGUAUUUGGAUGAGCUGGAUAGGCAGAUAGAAGACGAAAACAGAAAAACUGAAACCGGCUUAGAGAAAGCGAUGAGAUAUAUACAAAUGGCUGAAAGCUCAGUCAACCCUUCAUAUCCUGCUUAUGGAUUAAUUCAAACAGCUAUGUCACUUAUCCAAAUCUAUAACGGCACUCCUCCACAAUUUCCAAACAUGAACUCAGUUUUCUCUAUAAUCUUUUCCAACAGUCUCUCUAAGCUUCAGCUUUCAAAACUUCUUAUUUCUUCUACAGACCAAGAGAUGUUUUCCACAAUAGCUUACCUUCAAUUCUCCUACGUCCGCCAACACUUUUUAAAGCUAUUUUUAGACUCUAGUAAGCCUUAUCACAAAGACAGACUGAUGCUUUCUUUAUUACUGUCAAACACUAUCCAAAAAAGUAUCAUGCCAGGCCCUUUAUCUACAGAAAGUUUCUUAGAAGGCUCCUCUAUAUGAAGAAAUCUUAAUUGGCACCCUACAUUAGAAGAAAUGAAAGAAAGGAUGGCGCCGAACUCAGCAGUCCUUGUUUUGCAGUACUCGCAAGAUUUAGCUGAUGUUUGGGCUGGGUUUAUGUGCACUGAUAAAGAAAAAAACGCAAAAUACUGGGCAAGGUCAAGAAAAGUCGAUAAUAUCGAGCAGGAAAAAACAUUGGAAUUAUUGGAAAAAUUCAAAGCGAUGAAAAAUUAUCUGCAGAAAACUCCAGUAAAUGAUGAAGAAGCUGUAGAAGCUUUGAUAAGAGAAGGGAUUAGGAAACUUGAAGAAAUUAUUUCUGAUGUAGGGAGCAUUGGGGUGUGGCUGGAAGCUUUACAAGAGAUAAUUAGCCCAUCUAUGCCAGUUGAACCUGUUGAAGAAAACCCAAAGAAAAAAGCUCCUCCACCUCCUAAAGGCAAAGCAGCUGAAGAUAAAAAUGUGGACGCAGGACUUCCUCUGCCUUCAUCAGGAAUUUCUACUCUUUAUCUGUGCAUUGACCAUCGCUUUAUCAAUCUCCCUUGGGAAACUUUGCCAUUCCUCUCAGUAAUCCCUAUUAUUUCUCGUGAUUUUUCUUUAAUAACCCUCGAUUCCAGACUAGCCACCACCUCUAACUUCACCAAAGAUACCCUCAAAUUUGCAAUAGAAAGGCUCCAAGACCCCAAAACCAAAGAAAUAUCUGACAAGCUGGCCCAAGAUUUCACGACUGCCAAAUUUGAAGGCAUAAGACAAGCUGACCCAGGACAGUGGGAAAAACUGUGCUCAGAGUCCUCAUUGUUUUUUAAUUUGAUUUCUGAAGGAAUUGAGGAACAAACAGUCACUUCUUUAAGCUCUUCUCCAUGCUGCAGGUGUAUAGUAAACCUAGAAAGGUUUAUUAUGCUGAAAAAGUAUAUGAAGAAAAAUAAAGCAAGGGAGCAUCCUAUGCCAGAGCUGUUUUCAAUGAUAGGCUGCGCGAGUAUAGUUAAUAAUACUUGGCCAAUUUUGAGCAAAAAUGCGGUGGAGUUUGCAGCAGGGCUGUGGAAAGGGCUGACUAGUAACCAAAGUGUGGGCGGAGCCAUGUUUAGGUAUAGGAAUGAUGCAGCGAAUAUAUUGAUGAAGUAUGGAAUUGUGCAGUAUGGAAUCCCGUAUUUGAGGGUCCAAUAA